AUGUCGGCGGUCAUCUUCCUGCCCUCCAUCCGCACGGCACAGGAGUGGUUGGGAGGGACCAGCAGCUCCACAGAGAUGGAGUGGCUGAUAGACUCCACCAUGGUGGUUCCCUCUGAGAAGCUCACCGUCUGCUCCUUGGUGAAGUCCACGGUGCCUGGGCUGAUAAUGGGCACCUUGGCCGUCAUGGUGGUGGAGCUGUUGCGGCUCUCCCUGCCAAUGUCCCAGGUCUUCUCCACAGUGCUGGUCUUCUCCAGCAAGACCUUCUUCUCCACACUGCUGCACUCCAGGUUGGUGACCCUGACAAACUGCAUGGUCUCAGGAGGGUGGUUGAACAGCUCGAUCUGGUCGAUGGCAUACUCCACGUGAGAGAUGUGCUGGCUGUAGGCGUCCCUGUUGAUGGCCAGGACCUGGUACCUCUUGUACCAGUACUCAUCGCCCUCCCAAGGCAAGAAGAAGGCUUUAUGUUGGGUCACAACCUUUCCCAGACCGUAUUUGUUCUUGCCGACGUAUAUCUCAACGCCUUGGCAGGUCUUGACAGAAUGUUGGGGGACAGCACCAUAUUCCUCCUCGAUCCACUCCACAAACUCAAAGUUGUCCACAUUGACCAGGACUUCGAACUUGGAGGAUGAAUGCUCCUUGUCAGCAUAGGGGUACUGGCAGAAACUGCCUUUGCUUGCGGUGUAGAAGCCGGCUUCGCAGUUGACUUUGCAGAUGUAGUCAUGUCGUUCGGUGUAACUGUUGUAGAUGCCCACAGCACCAUUAGGGAGGGACUGUUCCCAUUUUACCCAUUUAAGGUUGGCGUUCUCCCCAUACAUAAACAGGGAGUCUGGGAACUGGGGCUCUAGAUCUGAGGUCUCUGUCAGUGUGGAUGGACUGUGGAUGUCCAGAUCAGGGACCACAUCUUCCAGCAGAGGGUUGAGCCAGGGCUCUGUGAUGGAGUACAGAAAGCAAAGGUCAUAGGUUGCAAUGGAGUAUCUUUUGUGGAGUUGAAAUCUAACCUCUUUGGCUUCAUUCACUCAUUAUGAGUUAGUUAAGAAGAAUAUUACGAGCAACAAUUUUAGUACUCAUCACUGCAUUCUCUACCAGAAAGUUGGUUGGCCCUCUUUGAUGUCACGCAGGUUGAUACAUUUCUAUGUUUUCAUUUAUAAAGCCUUUUUACAAAAAGUCCUACUGUACCUAACAUCUUUACUAAACGUUAGACAUACGAGUUACCACACCGGGUCUCAGGGAUGGUUAACUCUGGAAAUUCCUUUGGUCUCUACUGAGUUAGGUAAAUCAGCUUUUAGUUUUCUUGCACCUUAUUUGUGGAACAAUCUUCAACAUUUUCUUAAAUUUUAUGUUUUGGUGCCUCUAGGGCAAUUCAGAAAGCUGAUUGAGGACCUUAUUACUGAUGAAUGUGUGUUUUUUUAUGACAAUGUUGUUCUUUCUGCUUGCAUUUUGUAUUUAUAUUGAUGCAUGUAUUUUCUGUCAUUUCUGUAAUUCAGGGUUCAGCUGUAAAAGAGACCUUGGUCUCAUUAUGACUCCCUGAUAAAAUAAAGGUUAAAUAAAUAAAAUAAAUACAAUUAUUUAGUUUGGUAGAGAAUAUUCAGACAACAUUUUUACACUAUGAGACCCAGUUGAAGGUUUUUGAUCAACGUGUUUGUGUAAUAGGCUGUAAUACAGGGGAGGCUGGUAGGAGGCGCUAUAGGAGGACGAGCUCAUUGUAAUGUCUGGAAUGGAAUAGCUCCUCCCACCAGCCUCCUCUGGUGUAAUAUAAUCAGACUCACUGCUAGGGUGCAUCCUGCCCCUCCUCCAGCUGAGAGGUGUAGAGCAGGGGGUCUGAGAGGAAGACUGGCCUGCAGAGUUGCAGCACUCCCAGGACGACCAGGAAAGUCAGCCUCAUCUAGGAACACACAAACACACACACACACACACACACACACACACAUCAGCUUACCUAUCUGAACUGACAUUAGCAGAGUGCUACACUGUGCAUUUUUUAGAUUCACCACCUUCAAUCUGGAAAAUGGUCAGUGUUCCUUGUUGCUGGCAUAACCACAUAGAUACCCAUGCGUUCCCCAUCUACAGUAUUUCAGACACUUCCUUGCAUAUCAAAUCAAAUCAAAUCAAAUUGUAUUGGUCACAUGUGCCGAAUACAACAGGUGCAGACAUCACAGUGAAAUGGUUACUUACAGCCCUUAACCAACAGUGCAUUUAUUUUUUACAAAAAAAGUAAAAAUAAAACAACAACAAAAAAAGUGUUGAGAGAAAAAAGAGCAGAAGUAAAAUAAAGUGACAGUAGGGAGGCUAUAUAUGCAGGGGGGUACCGUUGCAGAGUCAAUGUGCGGGGGCACCGGCUAGUUGAGGUAGUUGAAGUAAUAUGUACAUGUGGGUAGAGUUAAAGUGACUAUGCAUAAAUAAUUAACAGAGUAGCAGCAGCGUAAAAAGGAUGGGGUGGGGGGGGCAGUGCAAAUAGUCCGGGUAGCCAUGAUUAGCUGUUCAGGAGUCUUAUGGCUUGGGGGUAGAAGCUGUUGAGAAGUCUUUUGGACCUAGACUUGGCACUCCGGUACCGCUUGCCGUGCGGUAGCAGAGAGAACAGUCUAUGACUAGGGUGGCUGGAGACUAGGGUGGCUGGAGUAUUGCUGAUGGACUGAAUACAUUAAGAUGACCAUUUGUAGGGCUUGCCUAUCAUUUACUAAAGAGUUCUGAAAUCACAAAAAAACUGCCUCUCCAGCUUAGUAAAAAAUCUAACAUUCGAAAUGAGAUGGAUUGUUUUAUGUUCCAUGAAUCAGAUGCACAAUACAGUAAAUCAUGAUAUUAGUAUUCAGCACAGAGCUAACAGUAAUAUAACAUUUUAUACACAUAGGUUGAUGUAAAGAAGCUGUUUUACCUUGACAGGUUCCACCUCCAGUGGCGUGAUCUGCAGCCCCUGCAGCGUUUUAAACCUUCCUGCAGGAUAAUUGCCCCCAAUAAAGCAGCCAGCGCUACAGUGAGUGGCCCCAUGCCCAUUGGCCUAGUACUCUUACUGAAUAAGAGUCCCCUGCUGCUGCUUCCUCCCCAUUACUUUUGGUGUACAGUGCUUAUUGUUUUAGUGAUUAAAAAAGUAAAGUGAAGGACACUGCACUAAACAGAUACAACUAGAGAAAAAAACAUUCAAGAGGGAGCUGGUCAACACCUUGCCACAGAGGACAAGGGGCAGCUACACAAGGAGAGACAACACCAGGAAGGCCCAACCACCACUCACCCCUGUCCACACUGCACCAAAAUAUGUGUCUCCCGGAUCGGCCUCUACAGCCAUCUGAAUACCCACAAAUAGAAGACCCCAUUGAGGACAAUCAUACUCAACUCGAGUGAUUGCCGAUGAUGAUAAUUUGACCAUGUAGUUUUGGUGCUCUUGCAGUGGUUGUGUAAGUAAUGCACUGGGCUCAGUGUGUUCAUUUACAUAAUCAUAGGUUGAGAUGAUACCUUUCUACCCCAUUACAGCAGUAAAUAUGAGCUUUUAUAUCACUGGACAUGAUCUACCUGGAAUCACGUACAAUGUCAAAGAACAAAAACUCAUUGCAUAAGAAAGGCUUUGGUAUUGUGAUGCAAGUGAGGUUGUUCUUGGUAAGCAAAGACAAAGAACAAUGUGGUAAUAUCCUUUAGAGUCCCCCGUUAUCGAUUAUUUCAGAGACUGUCACCAUUAUCACAAUAACUAUUAACUCGCAGCAACACAGAGAUAAUAUUGUUGUCCCUGUCAGGAUGAAGGCCAAAAACAUGGAAUUGUUCUGACUGACAAAAUCUACUGAUGAUCACAAGUGUCAAGGCCAUCUCUAUGUCCUUGAACAGAUAGCUAUUAUCAAUUCCUUUAUCAUGGUAGAUUGAAAAGACUCAAUGUUCCUCUGCAGAUAAUGAAAUAGGACAGACAGUGUAAAGGUCUUUACACUGAUAGAAUCUGUCUUUGAUCAUUCAUUAUCACCCCACUUGUUGACCCAUUUAACUGUAUAUCAAUUACACAUGAAUUGCUCUUCUGGGACAAUAAAGAUCUAUUGAAUUAAAUCAUGCUAUUAUGCUCACAACUAAAUUGUGCUUCCUAAUCAAAUGAAGGAAAGGCCAUGUUUGUGCUGUGUCUGUGUAUCAGUUGACAGGACAGGAGCCAACUUUUGAGGAAAGGUAAGGUCACUGAGUUAAGGCUGUCUGAUAUUUCAGGACAGUCCGCUCUGUUCUAGAAGCUUUUUAUCUCUGUUAUCACUCUGUUUGCUUAAUCAGGUUAAUAAUCCUCAUCUUAUCUUCAAUGUAUCUUCUGGUAAGAGGAUGGGAUGAAUGAGAUGACAGGGCAAUUUUUCUUUCAAAGCUUCUACAAAAAGACUGUAAAGUAUCUGAACUAUGUCCAACGUGCAUUAUUUUGUCAUAGUGUGAUGCUGACUGUCAAGGACGAGAGAGUCAGAGAGACAAAGGGAGAGAGACAGAGAGAGAGAGACACAGAGAGAGAACGAAUACAAGAGAGAGAAAGACUGGCUUACAUUUCAGAUGAUUAUAAUAAUGAAACAAUAAUAAGAAUGUAAAGAAGUGUAAGUGACAUCUUAUCCACAUUCCUCCUCUUUCUUCUACCAUGCCAGUCCAUGACAGCUCUGAGAGCGUUAGAGUGUUGUAAUAUAAGAGUGUCAUAAAGGAGCUAUAUAAGCCCGGAGAACCAACAGGUUCACUGCUCACGAGGGGAACACUGUAAGGGUGCGUGCAUUGGCUCAUCUAUGUGUGCAUUUAGGGCACUAUUUCAGAAUCUGAAAUUAUACAGUAUGUUGCUGUUCAAUGGAGCCUACAUCAAAACUGGCAGAAACAAUGAGGAACUGGGGCUUGACUGCAAUGUCAUGUUGAUUUAAUGUGAAUUUGUGUAACACUAUAGUUAUAACUAUAGUCCGGGACAUAGUGAGGAAGAGCUCCCUGAGAAGGAAGGGUAAAUUAAAAUACAUUUGUAUACUUCUCUAAUUUGAUAUACUCCUUUUAUUCAGUCAAUCCCUGCCUUUGACCUCUUAGAAAGGAGAACAGAAAACAUUCAAAAGGUCAUUCAAUGUCAGUUGUUUCAUCACAACAACCUGGGGCGGCAGGUAGCUUAGUGGUUAAGAGCGUUGUGCCAGUAACCGGAAGGUCGCUGGUUCUAAUCCCCCGAGCCGACUAGGUGAAAAAUCUGUGGAUGUGCCCUUGAGCAAGGCACUUAACCCUAAUUGCUCCUGUAAGUCGCUCUGGAUAAGAGCAUCUGCUAAAAGAAUUUAAAUGUAAAAAAACAAGAAUAGGUGCAUAUUGAGACACUGUAUUAUUCUGUCUUCUAGUGUCCCUCUUGAACCCAGUACUGGAAGGUAGGGUCCCCCCACUGGACAGUAUAGGUCCAGUCCAGGGCCCACUGACCCCUCCUGAGUUUGAGGACGAACAGAAGUCUGCUCCAUUCAUGUUCGGGGACAAUGUCAACCUGCAGUGGCUGAGCUGGAAUGGUUCUCUCCCCACUGCAGCUGAGGGCAUCUACAACGGCUACACAGAAUGCACAGACUAUAUCUGCAAAUACAACUGCGAAGCCGGCUUCUACACUCCUAUCAAGGGGCCUUACUGCCAAUACCCAUACGGUGACAGAAAGUACUACACCCCAGAGUUCGAAAUCCUGACCAACAGUGACAACUUUGAGUUUGUGGAGUGGAAAGAGGACUCGCUCGGUGCCCAAAGACUCAGUCAGAACGUGCUCCGGAGUGGACAUCUACGUGGGGAAGAACAAGUACGGCUUGGGGAAGGUGGUCCCUCAGUUCAAGGCCUUCUUCCUGCCCUGGGAGGGUGAUGAGUACUGGUACAAGAGCUACCAGGUCCUGACCAUCAACAGGGACGACUACAGCCAGCACAUCUCCCACGUCAAGUACGGCAUCGAUGAGGUGGAAAUAUUCCACUACCCCCCCGAGACCAUGCGCCUCUCCAGUGUCACCAACAACGAGUGCCAAACUGUUGUGAAGACAGUGACCAUCUCCAAAAUGUCAGAGGUGGAGAGCACCUGGAACAUCAGACAUACCACUAUGCUGGGCAUCACCGCCGGCAUCACAGCCAAGAUCCCCCUGAUUAGCUCCGGAGGGGUGGAGUUCAGUGGGGAGAAGACCCUACAGUUCAACAGCGGCACCACCAUGGUGGAGGCCCUCAGCCACUCUGUCUGUGGAGCUCAAGGAGCCACCCAACCACUCCUGUACCGUGCUCAUGGAGGGCCGCAAGAUCACUGCAGACAUCCCCUUCACAGCCAGGCUGAGCCAUACAUACGGCAACGGAGAGACCCAGUGGACCUCUAUCUCUGGGGUGUACGAUGGGGUUCAGAUCGGAGAGAUCCAGGCCAUGGUGGACCGCUGUGAGCCUGUCGUAGACGCCAAGCCUAAUAUCAUCCAAACUAACUCUAAAUUUAAAUCUACAUACAUCUACACUCAUAAGUAUACAGUCAAGGAUAGCCAAUCAAUAAUCCAGUACCCCUAGGUCAGGGUUCUUCAAUUCCGGUCCGGAGGGCGAAACACCCUGUUUUUCAUCCUAUCCUCAAUCAGGGCUAAUCAGACUGGGACACCAGGUAGUGCAAUAACUACCAGUGUAGAAAUAAAAACAUGAAGGUGUUUCGGCCCUCCAGGAACCGGAAUUGAAGAACCAUGCCUAGGUUAUACCAACACUGAUUAAUGUGACACAAAUAGCACAUUUUACACAAGUAUGUGGUACAUUUUCACAACUCUAAGAACAAAAAUCUAAAUAAAUCAUCAAAAUGGCUUGUUCCAAAACUAAGCACAUUUUCAAUUGACUGAGUACAACCAACAAAUUCACACUUGUUCACUGCACCAAAUCACUCAUUCGAUUUGGAUACAUAUUCAAUCUAAGUAUCAGCUUUUCAAAAUGCAAUGUUCACUUUACUUUUGAUAUGAUUUUCUUGUCAUUUGUUAACAACACAAUCAACUAUCACUUAAUCAAACUGCUCAAAACUGAUAACUACUGAACCAAAAUUAUGUAGUGCCUAGUUAACAUAUAUAGUUAGAUAACUGCUGAACACUGUACAUUUCUAUAUUUGCACCUCAUAAAUGUAUUAAUUUGACAUCAAUUUAUGUUGGAAGGUAAAAACAAUCAUAUAUGGAUGUGGCUGUAAAUACUACAUCAUUCUCCAUCAGCCAGUGUGCUUCUAUAGGACAAAGUGGAAAUAGUAUUUGUGCUUUGUGCUACUAUUUGGCAUUAUAGUGUCCAAUGCACUGCUGAAAUACAUGGGUUGUAUAUAACAAUAUAUUCCACUCAUCUGAAUUUCAUUGAUACACUGUAAGCAGAUGAAUUUCAAGCAGAAAGACAAUAGAUACUGUAUCAGUUGACAAGUCACUUAAAAAAAGGUGAUCUUGCACAAUGUUGCAUGGGCAGAAAUGGCAUACUUUAUCGUGCUACGUUUUUACAGUAGCCAACUGCUCUACAAUACUCCUAUUUCUGAUGAUUUGUCCUAAGUGUGUACUAUAUGAGGAUUAUGAAACUGUAAGACUGACAUACAGUAUUUCUCAACAUGCUCACAAUCUGCCAUUGGCUAGAAAUUAUAUAAAAUAAAUUGCCAAGUUAUAGUCAAAUACUGUAUGGAAAAUUAUAUUACCAUCUAUUAUUCUUUCUAUUCAGCACUUCAAAAAGAACAGUUUUGAAAUGUGUAUCUUGUAUUUUUUGCUAUUGGAUUAAAUGGUGAAUGAAUGAAUAACAUAUGAAUAAACGUUUUUUGCACAAUCAAAUUUUCUGAACAUAAGAUAGGGGGCAUUACAAGUGUUAUCAGUUUAGAGUUUUGUAAUUAGAGUUUAGAAAAUAUACCACAUCUGAAAAAUGUGCCAAAGUGAUUGAAAAAAAACGCAUUUGGAAAGUGUCUCAUAACAGAUCAAAAUUUUGCCUCCAUUGCCAUUACUAUAAUAGAACAGUAGGGGGCAGCAACAGAUAAUGGCGUUCAGAGAACAGGAGUAGACCUGUGUGUGUGUGUGUGUGUGUGUGUGUGUGUGUGUGUGUGUGUGUGUGUGUGUGUGUGUGUGUGUGUGUGUGUGUGCGUGCGUGCUUGGAAGUGUAUGUGUGUGUGUAUGUGUGUGUGUGUGUGUGUGUGUGUGUGUGUGUGUAUGUGGGCAUGUGCGUGCGUGCGCAUGCGUGUGUGCGUGUGUGCUUGAAAGUGUGUGUGUGUGUGCAUGUGCUUGUGUGUGUGUGUGUGUGUGUGCGUGUGCUUGGAAGUGUGUGUGUGUGCAUCCUCUCCAAAGAGACCUGACUGUCUUCGCUUGUUCUAUUACAGUAUCAAUAAGCAGUUACUGCUUACUGCGACCCCAUGCUGUGUCUGAGAAGAGAGGUGGAUCAGGGUUCUACAUGAAAGCUGUGUAUUCAGCUGCCCCCAUCCCAGUGUUGCUAUUGACAGUUAUUGACGGCUAUCUUUCUUAGAGAUGGUCUGUACAGUAGAGAGGACUGUGAUGUCAUUAAUGUGGCGGCCAGUCUCUCAGUAUAAAACCUCUAAUCUAGAGUAGGGGACCUGCUGCCUCCUCCCUCCACUGUGACUGCACUUACCAGUGAGAUAAAUAAAAUAUGUCCCAUGCCCUCUGUUCUCCCUCUCUCUCUCAUGGCUGAGAUGAGAUGCUCCAGUAAUUCUCCCUCAUGUGGAAUAAUGGCCAAGGUGUGCUCUGUAUCACUCUGUAUCCUCUCCCCUCAUCGAUUGUGUCGGGGGGGCUGGGGCUGGUCUAUGCAGCCGUUGGAAUGGGAAUGAUGCUGUGAAUCGGAUGUGAGCUGCUUGUAUGAUAUAACGCUACCACAGUAACUCAGAACUAUAGAUUUGAGAUGAUUCCUGAUAAUAGGACACUCUCAAUCCUUUUGAAAUGGAUACUUCUAGUAUUUUCUAGAAUAAAAAGAUCAGAAUGUAAAUUAGAGAAUUUCUCAAAGAACUCAGUUGUUUUGGAAUUGACUCCAGUCUUGCUCUAACACUCUUUAUGUUUUCUAUGUGAAUCUCUGUCCAUCAACUAGUAGUGUGGUCUGAUAGGCCAGAUAAGGCUCCAAUAUGGGUGAGUGAACACUUCCAGCUGGAUGACCAUAUACUUGUGUGCAGGGUGGCAGGGACAAGGCACAGGGCUUCUUCAGACUUCUUCAUUACUUCAUAACUUAUAAAUCCAUGUUAGUUUUAAUGAGACUUCUUCAUUACUGUAUAAUUUAUAAAGCCAUGCUAAUUUUAAUGAGACUUCUUCAUUACUGUAUAACUUAUAAAGCCCUGCUAGUUUUCAUGAGACUUCUUCAUUACUGUAUAACUUAUAAAGGAAUGUUAGUUUUAAUGAGACUUCUUCAUUACUGUAUAACUUAUAAAGCCAUGCUAGUUUUAAUGAGACUUCUUCAUUACUGUAUAACUUAUAAAGCCAUGCUAGUUUUAAUGAAACCCUAACAGUAGCUCUGAAUGAUCCAAGUGCCCAUGGAUUUCACUUAGCUUGAAGAUGGUCCCCAUUCUCACUCCAUUACUGUUACAGGAGGGGGUCACAGUUCCGGAGCGACCCACUAGGUGUCAUCCUCCGACAAUCUAAAGCACCUCCUCACUCACAGUCUGGACUAAUCAUUAUCCUAUUGGUGUCACCUGUGUAUUUAUGCCCUCACUUCCCUGUGUUCCCUUGCUCUGUUUUCUCUGCUAGUUUUUGAUGCCAAACAGUACUAAUCAGUGUCUGAUCACGAGACGUAUGUACAGGUACUUGAGAAGUUUUCUCCCUGUUUCAUUGUUGUUUUCAGUCGUAGAUUUCAUAUGUUUGCUGUCAGCCUGUUUUUGGAGACCAAUUUGCUCCUCCUUUAUUAUAAGUCUGUUAUUUUGUAUCCUGGUUUUGGGACCACCAGUAAAGAUCCUUGUUUCACCAUCUCUGCCUACUGCCUACUGUCUAUCCUGCACCGCACCUGGGUCACACUUCACACCAACCCUUACACAGUACUGCAAGAAUGAAGGGGGUGUGUGUGUGUGUGUACCUGUGUACCUGUGUGUGUGUGUGUGUGUAUGUGUGUGUGUGUCUUGAUUGACUGUGUAGUCAGUAAGGAUCACAGUUGUGUAACCAGAAAGCAAACUGCACACACUCAACACCACCCUCUGUGUCCCACUCAAAGUAUGUGAGCAGAGUUGAGCGGUUGGAAAUCCCUCUCAUGGCUCACGGAGCAGUGCUCCAGUUUGCUCCAUUCAUUAAAAUCACAAUUUAACCAACACCCAUCUAUUUUUGUGACUACCUGGACCUACCAAUUGGUUUUUAAGUAUUGAAACCAAACCAUAUUGAUUUGUAUAAAAAGCAUUUGAAUAAACAUGAAAAGGUGAAUGUAAGAAGCGAACAUCAUUUCAAAUAGGCUAAAUGCAGUGGUGAUUUUAGCAUGUAAAUCUUGGUGGGGCAAAAAAGAAACAAUGGGAUGCAUGCCAGCAAAGCCACUACACAACACAACACUAAACAAUACAUUAAUUGCACUAUAACGGUGACAAAUGGUGCCCACAAACUGUAAGGGCCUAUAAAAAGCUGUCCCAACAGCAGUCCCAACAUCUUACCACUGCUACACCUGGCUAUCAGCGAAGCCUUGUCUGGCAGCGAAACAGUUCAUUCAGCCUCAUUUACUGCCUUUAAAAAAAACAUAGCUGAUAUGGCUGACUUGCUUAAACAAAUGUGGUUUCUAAUGACAAUGAGAUGUACAAACUAUGGCAUAAGGGGACGACAAGCGGAUAAGAGGCAAUCCGUAAUUUCGAUUAAGACAUUAAUGAGCGAGCUAGGAUGGACGUAGUCAAUAUAACUAUUUGUUUGGCACUUUUGAAAUGUACAGCGACAGAAUUCAGAACAUGGGCCGUUCUUACAGUGUUCUCCCUGUACACCAAGUCAGAACCGUAGGAUAAAUAAAGGGGGCAUAUAAGCAGACAAUGAAAGCUCUUACAAUAUUCGAUGAUUACAUUUCUCUAAAACAGGUUAUAGGCUACAUGUGCACAACCAAGUCAGAACAGUAGGCGAAAUUAAGAGGGGUAAAUAUACCAAAUUAUUAGGGUGAGGCACAUGGGCUACUAACAUCUUACUGCACAACAUACACUUAGUAUUACUUUCUUAGCUACAGUAUACAUAUCUCCCUGACAUAUUACAUUAUUUAUGCAGCAGCAUACAAUACAUUUUUGGACUCACCUUGUUGUGCUGUGCUCACUUGAAUAGGAAGGUGGCGCGGCGGUCCUUCGUUGGCAAAGUUUGUCAUCAAAGAAAGAGAAAGAGUUUCGAGUUGGAUGACACAAUUCCGAGUUGGAUGACCGUUCAAAACGUAUUUUGCCAGUCGGAGAUCGUUUAUUCCCGACUUCCCAGUUGUCUUGAACUCACUGAAGUCAAGUUUCCGCAGUUCAGAGUUAACAGUUGUUUUGAGCGCGGCACAAAUCAUGCUUCAUUGACAGCAUGGCCAAUGUUGAAUGUUUAUUAUUUUAACUGUGGAAAAGAGUCCCUUAGUCCCAGAUUAGGGACCACACAGCCACUCCACGGAAUAGCAGGCUAGUGAUUGCUUUGCAAUGCUUGCAGUUAGCCACUGUCACCGAUUCCUUCCAAACCACUCAUUGUUGAAUUUGCGAUUUCCAACUUGUUGUGUAAUGUUUAUGUCCAAUGACCGAUGAGCACCAAUAUGUUUUAUCUAUAAUUUAUCUUCAUUAUUUCUCUUCAUAUGACAAGGAUUAAAAAGGAUUUGCCAGUAGAUUGUCGACUUGAUUCAUGAUGAUGACUGCUAGCUAAGAUUUUGAAAGUAUGAUGUUGACAUGAUCAGUCCAAUCAAAGCUACUGUAGAUAUAACGUGAUUUUACAUCAUUUAUCUGUGGCCAAUGACCUUGAGCCUUCUUGGAUGGGCACUUCUAAUGUAACUCUAUGGCAGCACGCAAGGGGCUUGAAUUUUCAAGUUCUACCCUUAGACUUGGUAGUGACGUAGUGUCCCCAUGAGUGACAGAACACUGAGCCAAUCACAUAGCAAUGCUCUGUAUUUUCUGCUGGCUUGCCCCACCACCACAGAAAGCACUGAGCUAGGCUGAAACACCUGCAUUUUGGAGCUGCCUUACUCAAGAAAACAAAAAAGAGACCAUGUUUGUAUGCAGCUUUAUUAACUCAAUGAUAUUUAUAUACAUACAUAUAUAUAUAUAUAUAUAUAUAUAUAUAUAUAUCUUUUUACAUUGUUUGCAAACUGAUAUGUGACAGGUAUUAAUGCCAAAAUAACAUGCAAAACAGGCAAGGCCAUUUUUGCAAAAAAUGUGGGGCUCAAAACGAAAAAUGACUUAUUAGUGCCUUUGAAUUCAUUUUUAGAAACACCAGUUUGGCCAGUCUGUGGCUUCAGGCUCAUGCGAUGAUGCCUGGAGAGCCGGCCAGCGGAGAAUAUCCUCUCCACACUUGCAGAGCCACUUGGGAUGCUAAACAACCCUUCUCUUGCCAGGCUGGGCAGAGAUGCAGAGUUGUUUUUUUAUUUUUCUAUACGUAGGCCUAAAGGUUUUUAGGCAAAAUAACCCAAUCAAAACGGAAAGCUCCUUGAAAGUGUGAAUAUGGCCUAUUGGGCCAAAAUCAAUUAUGGCCAUUGUAUAGAUAAUAGAACGAAAAUGAACGAAACUUUAAGAGAUCAGAUUUUUAGUUUAUACAUACUUUGCUACAAUGACACACUUAGUUAUCUACCCACCUUGUUCCUUUCUUUUAGCAUGUGCAUGUAGGCCAUCAUGCUUUUGGGAUAAGUGUGUUUUCAGAUUCCACAAUGAUUCUUUAGUUGUGGACACAUCUUCACCACACUCCCUCUCUUGCUCUUGGUCCUCAUCUUUGUAAGUCACCUUGAUUUUUUAUUAUAUUUUUUCACCUUGAUUUAGCACCUGUGUUUUAUCAGUUUCUUUAUGAAAAUAUUUAGCGAACUGCAUGACAGUAGCUAAAGCAAGGAGCUAUAGCAGCACACAAGUCCUCUGGUCCCACUCAAUACAUAAACACACACAAACUCUCACACACACACACACACACCUGCGAACGAGCACACACACAUACAGUGAGGGAAAAAAGUAUUUGAUCCCCUGCUGAUGUUGUACGUUUGCCCAUUGACAGAGAAAUGAUCAGUCUAUAAUUUUAAUGGUAGGUUUAUUUGAACAAUGAGAGACAGAAUAACAACAACAAAAUCCAGAAAAACGCAUGUCAAAAAUGUUAUAAAUUGAUUUGCAUUUUAAUGAGGGAAAUAAGUAUUUGACCCCUCUGCAAAACAUGACUUAGUCCUAAUGAAUAAAUGAAUGGAUGAAUGAAUUAAAUGAAUUGAGGGGAUUGGAGUUGCAAGCAGGUUGGUUGGCUGCUAGGUGAAAACCCUUUUUGGGUUACUACAUGAUUCCAUAUGUGUUAUUUCAUAGUUUUGAGGUCUUCACUAUUAUUCUACAAUGUAGAAAAUAGUAAAAAUAAGAAAAACCCUUGAAUGAGUAGGUGUGUUCAAACUUUUGACUGGUACUGUAUGUAGUGGUGAUCGAGGCUGUGUACUAUAGGCCAGGUGCUCUUAAGCUCUGUAUCCUUUAAUAGCCUUCCAGUUCCUCCUCUCCAAAGAAAGGUUACUCCUGGGAUGCUUUCCCAUGUGCUUCAAUGGAUACGGGCCUGAAUUCUUUGAAAAAGCCUCCUCUCAAAGUGGGGUCGUAGAACAACUUGGAGGAGUGCACCAUCAAACGUAAACAUUUUGAUUAAUUAUUUAUCUCCUGUUGGUUCCUAGUUAUGUGCUCUGAGUGGGUUUGGGGUAUUUGUAAUCAGUUGGGACAUGGAUGGUAUAGUAGAUUGACUAGAGUAAUGUAGCUCGGCAUGUAACUCAUGGAUUCAAAAGCUGUGUUUGUUCAUCUGGCUGUUAUGGUACAUGUGUUCCAAAAGCAUGCGUUUGGUCCAUUUCUGAGUAGCUGCUCCAGCUUGUUUACAGUAUGUCAUCGAUUAUAUAGUAACAAAACUACAAAUCAACAUGAACACUGUAUUUAGUGCUGCUUUGUUAGUACGUAUUCUUUAAGUAAGUUAGGGUCAAAUGUCAUCGUCCUGCUCGAAGUUAAGUUCUCCAGGGGCAUUCAGGGUGAAGUCAGAGACAGUGCACUUGCAGUGUUGAAUUUACUCCAGUCAGUGACUUGAAACCAUUGACCCAAAACAGAAAACCAUGUUGAGUGGUCCUGAAGAUGUAGACCUAGAAUAUUACUGGAAACAAACGAAAAUAAUGAAGGAAAAAAGCACCCCACACUUAACCCCAAAGACAGGCAGAAGACAGGUUCUUACUUUGUUUUGUCUAAACGUAAGGGUGUUUUUCUAAUAUUCAAGAGCUGAGAGAUGUUUGAAUGAAUCCAGACUCUGUAUCCUCAUAACCAGACCCAUUGGUGACGCAUGGAGGGGGCGCUAAGUGGUAGCCUCCCGUGCAUUCUGACAUCAGAGGCAGUAACUCGAGGCUAACUCUAUAUAUUUUAUAAACAUUGGGGUUUGGAGUUUUGGGGGCAGCUAUGAGGUUUGGUAGAGAGCCGCGACUAAGGCUAAUGCACUGGAUCCCUCUAACAUCACAUUUCCUCGCCCGCAGCACUUUUGGUGAAUUCAACUAAAGCCUUAUACACCCACAGUACUGAAACCUUCACACUAAAGUCACUGUCUAGCCAGGAGCCUGACCUUUAAUGGACUAACACCUAUCCCCCUGAAGUUAACAAAAAGAUAAAGAUAUCCAAGAACUUCCAACAGGUCAGUGUUGGUCACUGAACUUCUCAUAUUGAACUUUCUACAGCACUAGUUGACAUCUGUAUGGAUUCAGUCAAUCAGGAAAAUGUACAUAACAAACAUACAAUUGGUGGCAGGUAUACUAGCGCUUAAAUGCGUUGGGCCAGUAACCGAAAGGUCGCUGGUUUGAAUCUCUGAGCCGACUAGCUGAAAAAUCUGUCAAUGUGCUCUUGAGCAAGGCACUCCUGGAAGUUGGUCUGGAUAAAAGUGUCUACUAAAUGACUAAAAUGUAAUGCAGCAUGAUGACAUAUUUCCCAAAUCUAUACAUCAAUAUGCCAGUAAAAUCGACCCAGGCAGGUUUCAGAUAGGAGUAUAUGACUAAGGCCAAUUGGUCUGGUUGUCCAUGCAAUGUGACCUCUCUCUUCAAAAACCUAUAGUGCCUUCAGAAAGUCUUCACACCCCUUUACUUUUUCCACAUUUGUUGUGAUAUAAAGUGGGAUUCAAAUAGAUUUAAUUGUCAUUUUUUGUCAACGAUCUACACAAAUACUCUGUAAUGUCAAAGUGGAAGAAGAAUUCUAACAUUUGUAGCAAAUGUAUGAAAAAUAAAUCAGUAAUAUAUCUUGAUUAGAUAAGUAUUCAACCCCCUGAGUCAAUAGAAUCACCUUUGGCAGCGUUUACAGAUGUGAAUCGUUCUGGGUAAGUCUCUAAGAGCUUUGCACACCUGGAUUGUACAAUAUUUGCACAUUAUUCUUUUAAAAAUUCUUCAUGCUCUGUCAAGUUGGUUGUUGAUCAUUGCUAGACAGCCAUUUUCAAGUCUUGCAAAAGAUUUUCAAGCUGAUUUAACUCAAAACUGUAACUAGGCCACUUAGGGACAUUACAUUUAGUCUUGGUAAGCAACUCAUGUGUAUAUUUAAUCUUAUGUUUUAGGUUAUUGUACUGCUGAAAGGUGAAUUUGUCUCCCAGUGUCUGGUGGAAAGCAUGUAUGUUCUACGUUCAAGUGUCUUUUCGAAAUAAACACCUCAUUUAUUUAGAGUAUUUUUCAUAAUAUAAGUGACAGGUAGGCGAUACCUCAGUAGCUGCAGAUGUAUUAACUACAACUAAAUUAUCCAACUUUUACAUGCAAAAUGGCACUUUGGGAAUGCUAAGGUACCAGAAGUCAAUAGAGACUCAACAUUAUCAUCGGGGUAGAGAAGGUUGUGAGGUGUGAGUGUGUAUUUUACUUAUUUAUAUAGUUGAUAAAUACAUUUUCCCAAUAUAUUUUAAUAUAUUUCUAUUUUAUUUAAAUAUAUUCCAAUAUGUCAUUUUUCCAUAUGCCUCAUGCAUGGAUAUCUGGAUGUGAAAGCUGCAAUUCAUUAGAGCCUGCAUUGGGCUUCUUAGUCAACAUCUGAUUUGGCAAAGCUGGACACCACAAGCAAAAGGACUCAUCUUGACUUGUUAUUAAUGGACUGUAAAGAGUGCUGAAGAACUGUCAGAAAACAUCAUAAUAACUGUGAAAUGCAGCUCUGUCCAAAUGCCAAAAUUAAUUGGAUAUAAACAUAGGACUAUUUAAACACCAAUCUUUCUCAGACAGUCACAGUACACCACUUCAGCAAAAUUCCUAUCAGAGCCUUAACAUUCAAAUGACGUCUUCUGACUGGUUGAUGUUUGAGAUAGACCCCUCAGCAGCUGUAUCAAUCUGUAUCAAUCUGCCAGUCCCAGGAGCUCCUCUCAUUCAGUCAUUCAGUAUGAGUGAUCAGGUGGGAUGGGCAGUCAUUACCCAAAGGAAAGUUUUAUGGGCCCCGGGUGCACUGCAGCUCCCCAAAUCAAUAGCUGCAGGAGGGAGAGGGUUCGGUAUAGGGUUCUGUCUAUUAUGAUGGAUUGUGCAUAAAUGUUUAUUGCUAUAAUUAUGGAAAAUAACCCUCAAGUGCAGCAGCACAGAUGCACAGGGAGGUGAUGGAGUGAAGCAUCCUGCUUUCAGCUGUGUUUGUGGGCUAUUCUACUGUAGCAAGCCCGUUGCUCUUGUUGUCUCUUGUAAGAGAAUUCAGAGAUGCGUUGGGUUUAAAAUCAUGUUCUACAUUACACUCUUAAUGAGCCCAUGCUUGUACAAACACAGCAGUGCUUUGGAACAGGGGCCUUGUCAGAAUGAGAGAUACAGGAUGCACAAUAACAGUUGGUGGGUAUCAUUAUACCAAGCCACAUUAAGCAUUCACCAGCUUGUUCAUGCCUUUCUAUCUUUCUUCGCCAGUUUAGUAAGUUAAGUCAGUCAUGCAUAAAUAUGAGCUUUGGAAUGACACAAACCCAGAUGAAGGGAGCUCUUUUGAACCUCACAUUUUCAUAGACAGCAGAGAAAGAAAAUCAUAAGAAAACAUUAUAGUUUGAGAAAGAGUCAUUCAGAAAUAGUGACACCGAUGGUUUGCAUUGAAUAAUAUAAGCAGUUUUACCAACCUUCGAAAAAAGGCUUAAGUCAAAAUUGUCAAAUUGACUCUGUAUAGAAGUUACAUUUCAUAUAAGCAUUCCACAAGCAAUUCCAGACUCCUAUUAUAGGUUGAGUGAACAACCAUUGAAACCUAUACUGUGUAUCUACUAAAUUUAGAGGAGACGGUUAGUUAGUGAACCACAUAGUAGACAGGGUUGGUAUCUGUCAACUGAACUUGUUAGGUGACCUUGACAACAAGUGUCCUAAUGUACGACAUUACCGAUUGAAUCAGUGCUAAGUAGAUGACUUAACACUGGAGCCAUGUUUGUGGUAUUGAACUGUGAACAGCACAGCCAACAGUAUCAGACAUCCAAUCAAAUCAAAUAAAGGGAAAGAGAGAGGGGUGGGGGAGAGAGGGAGGGAUAUGGGGUGGAUAGACACCAGAACAGUGAGGGCUAUUGGCAAGUACAGACAGAUGAGGUGGAGAGGACAAAGGAGGGAAAGGAAGUCAAGUGAACAGCAAGAGACUCGUUUUUUUAUUUCAUGUUGGGUUUGAAUUCAUUAGGGCAGGAGUAGAAAAGCAUAAUUGACUGGAAAUGGCUGAGAACUUCUGAACACAGACCCCUUGAUGGGUUGCCUGCUUGCCCUGACACCUGACCCUCAAAGCAGUGUAUUUAUUUUAUUUGUUUAUUUGACAGGGACCAUGUUCUCCAGAUUUUAGUAUCUGCAGUCCCUGCAUGCCUACACUGUUCUAUCAUGUUGAAUCAGAUUGCUGAAACCAAGGCCUCAGACACUAUACAGUUAUACAUCACCAACACACCUCAAUGGAAGACGAACCAGAACAGGAAAAGAGGGAAAAUAACCCAACCAUCAUCGCACCACAUCUCCACUAAUAAAUAUUACACAGCCUUGUCUGUACAAUACAGUGGAAUCUCAGCCUCCUUUAACAUCUGAAUAAUUAAUGCAAUAAAAUCAGUUUUUUCGCUUCCCUCAAACUAUCUUCUUUUCUUGGCCGUACUCAAAGUGGUAGCAAUGGGGAACAGGACUUCAGAGCCAGGCAAAGAGCUGGAAGAUAGUGGAGGAGAAGGGGACUGAAGGAUGUGUGUGUGUGUGUGUGUGUGUGUGUGUGUGUGUGUGUGUGUGUGUGUGUGUGUGUGUGUGUGUGUGUGUGUGUGUGUGUGUGUGUGUGUGUGUGUGUGUGUGUGUGCGCGUGGGUGUGUGUGUGUGUGUGUGGGUGCACGUGCCAGUGUGAGACAGAAAGAGGUCAUUAUAGAAAGAUGUUAGAUAAUACUUGUGGAAAAUAAGUCCAUGAUUCUAAUUCAGUGCUUCUCAAGGCUGACAAUUUGAUUAAUUGCAUAGUCAAGAUCAGACUUAAUGAUGGCAAUGUUUGCUGAUUUCUCUGCUAUUGAGAUAAUUAGAAAGUUCAAAUCAUUACAGAUAUUGAAGGGUUUCUAUGAAAAGUACAAUGAUAAAUUAAUAAUCAUACGGGAUUUGGCAUUUAUAUAUUUUUUGUAAAUGUUGCAUUUCCUUCUAAGAAAUACCAUCAAAUGUUAUCAGUAGGCUACUCUACUAAGAUCACUGUCCUAGUUUUGUAGCCAACAACUCAUCCAGUGGUCCUAAUAACUGUCAACUCAUGGCAAUCCUUCAGGGAAACCGACCAAGGAUGCUUUAAUCAAUUACAUCCUACUCCAUAUCUUUGUGUGGCAAGAACGAUGACAGUAGAUGUACGGUUAUUCUAUCAUGAAAGUCAACUCUAUGCCCUUUAGCAAAAGGGCGUCAAGGAUAAACUACUCACCGCUGCUUUGCCACAUGGACACAUUUCGUCAGAUCAGCACAGAAAAUUAAUGGGCGAGUGGAGGUCCGCUGUCCUGCUCAGGUGCAAUACAGAGGGGACAGGACAGGACAACGCGCGCGGAAAAUUUAAUAAAUUACGUAGUAUCCGCUGUACCAAUCCCCAACCUUUUUUCUCUCAUUUUGGGGAGUCAUUUUUCUUCUUAUUAUUUGUUGGCUGGAAAAGGCCAAACAUUGCAUAAGAAAUGUAACGAGGAUUUUUUAUUUGCAUAAAGAUAUUUGGAGUAAUGUGUUUUGCAUCAUUCUUCAGCGUUCCCCUAUCAAAUGUAGGCUACAUGAUCAAAUAGAGCGGGAAGGAGAAAAUUAACUAGGGAGCGCGGGAAAUAAUUCAGUUGUGCAUAACCAUUAUUGUAUAAGCAUCCAAAUAAACAAAGCAACUUGUAGGACUACUUCAGUAAUCUUCAAAUUGUGCUUGCAAGGACCCAUCCUUUUAACCCUUUUUCGAAGUGAAGACAGAUGGAGAUAAACGUGGGAAAUUGUGAUGGGAAUUUAAUUGAAGGGUUUGGUUUCUUUUAGAUUCGACACGUUUUUUUCAAGGAAAUACGUGCUUUACCGCAGAAUAUCCACAGGGAUGGUCACUUUUGUGGUUUUCAGUGUUAAAGGUACGAAACAAAUGUGCGCUCUGAAGAGUAGCGUACCUGAUGAGAAUUCCAUUCAUCUCCGUUGAAAGUCUAUUAAUCACCUUCAGGCGCCGCUGCCUUUGAGCGUCACGUGGCUGCCACACGAAUGCCCAGAACGAGGGCUGCGCGAACCGGAGGCGCCGGGGACGCGACAUGGGACGAUUCAAAUACUUAUAGAGGUAAGAUUAUAUCCUGCGAGUAGUUUAUUGUUGAAGUAGUUUUGUGUCUUUGCUUUCACACACAUUACACACAAUUAAUUUGGACUAUUGCUUGUGCUCCUGAAGUAGGCUUGGUUAAUUUAGGCCUAUUAUGAAAGCCUAUAUGCUUAAUAUUGUUUAUUGGAUAUUGAGAAAAUGUUGUAUUUCAUGGAUCUCUCAAAUUUUGGUGACUAUGAGCGUUUUUUAAAUAAAUGGACGUGGUCUAAAGGGGAGCGAAGACUGAAGACAGAAGUUUGGAUCAUGAAACUGGAUAGAUAAAGAGAUCCAAUGAGACAGAUAUAGAAAGUGAAAUGUGUCAUGAGAGUGAAAGUGAGACAAUCUGGAAUAUCAUGAUAAUUGAAUACCUACGACAUGUUUUUGAGAAAUUCAGUUCACUGUCGCGUGCUCUGGUCACUGAGCGGCUGUCCAUGGUGCUGAUAUGCUCUCCAUGUAGUUUUGCAGUUGAAUCCUGAGGCAAUUGUAGCCUGUGUGAUUUGUGCAAAUGUUUAGAUUGGCUAAAGUGCGUAGCCUAUGUUUUUUUUUCGGUCGUGAGGGGGAUAGGCAUCUCUGUAUUGGACCCAGCGAUUAUAUGAUGUGAUGUAUGAUGUGAUGUGUUAUGUGAUGUGGAGGUUUUUGCAAUUUUGUUAUCAAUGGGUCAACACUGCAAUUAUUUAGUAUGGUUAGAUGCCUUGUAAAUGUGUUAAACAAAUAAAUAUUUGAACUCUCUCCAAACAAAUAGCAUUCUGUAAGUCUAGGGAAAAUGACAUGGUUAGUUGAUGAUAGAAUACCAAGUCUAAAGGCCUAUCCAUUGACUUUGAGAGUUGGCCCAAUGCCUUUAGAGCCUCAAGAGGUCAUGUCAGACAUUGUUCUCUGAGAAAUCUAUUUCAAUAGAUUUUAACCUGAGAGACAAUAUUCUAAUGCUAUGGUCUAAUGAUAGUCAAUAGAAAGUCCUUUGCACUUCUUGUUUAGGAUGCGGUCAUGGGCGCUGUGUGUGUGUGUGUGUGUGUGUGUGUGUGUGUGUGUAAUGUAACCAAAGUGACAUUCCAUGUAUUUUUUAAUGGAUACAAAAUACACCAGUGAGGUGGAUCAUUAUGUAGAUCUAGAGGACAGUGUGCCAUGGAGAGUUAUAACACACAACCCCAGCUAUCAGAUCUACUGUGUACUGCAAUGUGGAUCAUGAUGAACUUUUGAGUCCUGACUGCAUGUGGAUGGCCAGUGAUUUGUGUAUGAUGGUGAAUCACAGCAGUCAGUGUAAAUGACUCCCUUCCUGCAGGGACACUGAUGCCAGGCCAGGUCGUCAUUGGAACAGAAUGCAAUAUGUUCCGUUAAUUCUAGAUCCUGGGUCUGAGAGAUGUGGCGAGCUGAGCUGCCACACACAGGGAGGACAGGAGAAGUAAUGGUCUGAGUGUUUGUGGUGGCCUCCAUUUUCCUUAUCUGCCACAAGAUAGCUUCAGCUCGGUCAGACAUUUUGCCGUUAGAGAAUACCGUAUCUGUGUGGUCAUCGCGUGAAAUUGUGCAGCUCUUCAUGCAAGCUAGUCUUUCAUAGCCAUUCAGAUGCGAUACCAGCUGAGUAUAUGACUAUCAAACCUAUCACACAUCACUUCUAACUGCUUUAGAAUGGAUCAUUCCAUUAACGUUUUCUGGAGCAGGGGACUUUCAAUAGACCAGUCCAGGUUACUUUCUGCCAUAUUUAUUGGAGGUCUACAGCAUCAAUCAUCUUCUACUUUGGUCUGAUGAUAUAUUCUGCAAUAUUAUUCAUAUUUCUUCUUCUUCUUCUUCUUCUUCUUCUUCUUCUUCUUCUUCUUCUUCUUCUUCUUCUUCUUCUUCUUCUUCUUCUUCUUAUUAUUAUUAUUAUUAUUAUGUGUGACUGGUUGCUUUGGGCUUUGAUUGCGUUUAUUUAGUUGGAGGUGAGAAUCAGUGGAAAAAACAACUAUCUACUUGAAAUUCACUGGAAGCCUUUCUCUGUCUCUGCCUUAGUGUUGAGGUUAUUUCUGGGUUUGAUGUCAUUUCUGCUGUGUAACUCCCAUGCAUUAUUCCAGGAUGGUCCUACACUGAGUGACACGUUCCGUGAACCUUUCCCACAGUACCAAACAUUCUCAGCAGGAAGGAAAGCAAACUAAGAUGGACUCAACCUAUUAGGAGGCUUUUGAUUUAAAAACCAUACAACGUGUGCAUUUAUAGUAUGUGCCGAAGUUCAUUUGUCUUUCUUUUACCAUGUCUCUGCGUAGACCAGUAGAUUCUUUUGAAAUUCAUCAUUACUUGAGCUUGAUUUUCUUUCCAAAACAAGUAAAUCGAGGGCUUUUCAAUUCCCCCUCUAAUGUACAUAUUUCCGUGAAAUAACUUAAGUUAACCUGAUGCUCAGAAGGAAUGUGCAAUUACUGCACUAUGCCCAGGUCCAUUGUUUCAAAGAGUGGAAGUGAUCACUAAAAGCAGCAACAAGAUUCCCAAUGAGGGCUGUUGUCAAGGAUACAAAUCUAUAUAACAGAGAUAGAUUAUAUAUGUUUAAGCACCACUCCCCCCUUCAAUCUGUCCCCCUUUCUCCUUCUAUUCUCUUUUCUCUCCAGAGUGUUGAUGGAGAGGACUUCGAAUGUCAGCCGGGACAGUGGUUAUCUGUGGUGGAAUUCUAGCUACAGUUAUCUUACUGACUAUCGUUGCAGUACUGUGCUACUGUAGGUUGCAGGUAGGCUAUAGUCUUGCCAUGAAGAAUUUGAUUUUGUGAAGUAGCCAUGUUUUGUCUACCUUGGCUGUAAUGAGUGCAUGUAUGCUAAGGUUUUACGGCAACCAGCUUGUUCACUCUGUCACAUGUUUCUCUCUGCUCCAUUGGCAGUAUUAUUGCUGUAAGAGGGAGGAGCCAGAGAGGGAGGAGGAGGAGCAACCGGACCUCACCAUCAUGUCCUCUCUCCCCACACUAGUGCACACGGCUGGUGACUCCGACGUGAUGACCACGCCCCCCUCCGAGCCCAACGGGCCCGCGUUUGUCUACACUCCACCCCUGAUCCGCAAACCAGUGACACGCUCCCAUAGGUUCUGCCCAUCCUGCACACGCUACUCCCUGCCCUUCUACCUGCAGCACCCCUCUGAGAGACUGCAUAACGGUGGUGGCCGCAGCUACAGGACUGUGCAGCAGCAGGAGCUGGACCUGCCCAUGGACCUGGCCAGCUUCAACCACAAGCUCAACCUCAUCCGCUCUGUCACCAUGAGGGAGGUGGUCACCCACAGCCACAGUGUCAGUACCGAUGUGUAG